GACGGAAAGCUUGUACCAUUACACCUCUCCACGAUCCGGCAGUCAAUGAUAUCAGUUCCAGCGUUGUCUGAUGUCAGAUCGCCUGACGAUCCAAAUUGUCGCCGGAGAUGUGAGAUAUCCUCGACGGAUCCCUACUUGUUUUCACCUAAGGCGCCGAGAUGCUCGAGCGGCUGGAAGGAGCUUCUCGGCUUGAAGAAACUGUAUCAGAACAGCAAUGCGAAGCAGGAGGAUCAGAAAACAGCAUCGGCAUUGUCGUCACAUAAUCAUAACAGAAACGCUGCCAGAAGCCUUAAGAACUUUCUUCAUCGCGGUUCAAAAUCAGCAUUAAAUGCGUCCGUCGAUUCAUCUCUAAGUCUUCCAUUGUUAAAGGAAACGGACAACGAGUCAAUGCCAGUCUCCUCCCGGCUUUCGCUCUCUUCCUCUUCAUCAGGCCAUGAGUACAACGAUCUUCCUCGGUUCUCUCUCGAUUCCGAUAAGCCUAGUAGUGUUCCUCGUAAUACUCAUCAAAUCACCAGCAAUCUUUCCAAAGUUCGAGUAGUCAAGCACAAAGCGGCAUUGACGUCGGAAAACCCGACGGCGUCCGCUCGAGUUGGCAGGAGUCCGAUGCGAAGGACGCCGGAAUCUACAGUUCCGGCCCGUGAUGUUUCGGUGGAUAGUCCUCGAAUGAACUCCUCCGGAAAAAUCGUGUUCCACAGCUUGGAGAGAAGUUCCAGCAGUCCGAGCACUUUCAAUGGUGGGCCCAGAUACAAACAUCGAGGAGUGGAGAGGUCGUAUUCAGCUAAUGUCCGUAUCACUCCGGUUCUCAACGUUCCUGUUUGUUCGCUUCGAGGUUCGUCCAAAUCUGGUGUUUUCGGUUUUCCUUUGUUCUCUUCGCAACAGAAGAAAGAUAGCGGAAGUAAUGUAGGAGCAAACAGAAGUCAGCAGCGCCACAAUAAGAACCGUGCGGAUCGGACUUGAGAGAGUAGAUUUUUUUGGUAAUAACACUUAGAGUUUCUUCUUUUCUUUUUAUCCAAUUAAUGUGGAUUUUAAAGUUAUGUUCUGUUUUUGAAGGUUUCCCCUGUUGGGUGUGCUUGUUUUCUGUUUUUUCCUUGACAAAUUUUCAGAUUACUACUUUAUGUACAUAAGCGAUGAACCAGGGGAUCUUUGUUUUUGCAAGA